UAGUGCACAAUUAACAACAUUAAAUAAGUUCAGUAUUCCAAGAUAUAUAUUAUGUGAAAAUAAAAUCGUUACAUUACAGUUACACGGUUUUGCCGAUUCAUCUAUCAGAGCGUAUGGUGCAUGUGUUUACAUUAGAAGUACUGACGAAAACGGCCAGCACACGGUGCGUUUGCUACAAGCGAAGUCCAAGGUCGCGCCCAUAAAAACGAUAUCGCUGCCUCGACUAGAAUUGUGCGCAGCCCUAUUAUUAGCACGAAUGGUAAACGGAAUAGUGCCGAAGUUGAAAUGCAAAUUCGAGCGACAAUUUUAUUGGACCGAUUCGAGCGUAACCCUAGCUUGGAUUUCAUCUCCAUCUGCUAAAUGGAAAACGUUCGUGGCGCAUCGUGUUGGUGAAAUACAAGACAAAACGUCCAUAAAUGAUUGGCGUCAUGUCCGCUCGGAGGACAAUCCUGCUGAUUUAAUAUCACGUGGCUGUACUCCAAACGAAUUGCGAAUUAAUGCGAUGUGGUGGAACGGUCCCCAUUGGUUGAAGGAGGAGUACGAGAAACGGCCGAAGUCAUGUGUACAAUACAGUAGUACAAACAAUACACCAGAAGCCAAAAAUACGGAGGAAACAACAAUUACGACUGUUGCAUGCGUAGCGUACGAUAAAUGUUAUUCGUUGUUAUCUAGAAGGUCGUCGUUAUUAUUUAUCAUCAGAGUGACGGCGUAUUGCCUACGCUGGCGGUAUAACAUGAAUCGAGCAGUAUGUGAUAAAAAUAAUGGGCCGUUAACGGUAAACGAACUAGAUAGAGUAAAUACGAAAAUCGUCAAAAUAAUUCAACGUGCACAUUUUCGGCAAGAAUUAAGAGAGUUAAAUAGUGCAAAUGCGAAUGUGUCAAAAAAAAGUAAACUACUGCGUCUUAGUCCAUAUAUUGAUGGGGAUAAUAUUAUACGCGUCGGAGGUCGUUUAAAAUACGCUAUGGCGUUAAAUGACAAUCAGAGACAUCAAAUUGUAUUGCCGGAUAACUGUCGUUACACAAAAUUAUUAUUCCGUAAAGAACACAUGGAUUUGAUGCACAGUGGACCUCAAGCCUUGGUGGCCUCUAUUAGGCAGCGCUACUGGCUUUUAAAAGCGCGAAGUUUGGCUCGUACUAUAGUACACAAUUGCGUUAAUUGUUUUAAACUGAAACCUCAAAUAGUACAACCGAUCAUGGGGAGUCUGCCUGGUUCACGGGUACAGAGUGGAAGAGCAUUUGCCAUAUGUGGUGUAGAUUUUGCGGGUCCAGUCAUGAUAAGAACGAGCUUGCGUCGUAAGGCACCAUGUAACAAAGGAUACAUCAGCAUAUUUGUAUGUUUCGCGACAAAGGCGAUACAUAUCGAACUCGUGAGCGAUUUGUCAACGAAGACAUUUUUACAGGCGUUGAACAGAUUUUUUGAUCGACGUGGCAAAAGUUCAAUAAUUUACAGUGAUAACGCCCGAAAUUUUGUGGGCAUGCGUCGGCAUUUAAAGGAGGUGUACGCACUUUUCCAGUCCCCAGAACAUCAGCGAUCCGUUUUCUCUCAUCAAGCGGACAAAGGAAUUGAGUGGCGAUUUAUACCACCCCGUGCACCACAUUUCGGUGGACUUUGGGAGGCUGCGGUCAAAAGUAUGAAAAGUUUGCUAUAUCGCGUUUUAGGAGAAGCUCGGCUCACGUACGAAGAAUUAUUAACUGUACUAACGAGAGUGGAAGCGGUACUUAACUCGCGACCAAUAACUCCAGUAUCCUCUGAUCCGGCUGAUCUAACCUAUCUCACACCAGGUCAUUUUUUAAUUGGCGAUAUAAUGACUGCCAUACCGGAAAAGGACGAGACGACCACGCCUAUUACUCACUUAAAUAGGUGGAGAAUAGUCUCUCAUUACACCCAAGUACUUUGGAAACGGUGGCACCAAGAGUACUUAUCUCAACUACAGGAAAGAACCAAAUGGUCCAGCACGAAAGGGCCUAAGUUACAAAUUGGAACUAUUGUGUUGGUAAAAGAGACAAAUUUACCACCACUCAAAUGGCAAGCUGGGCGUGUAAUGGAAUUAUACUGUGACGAUGACAACGUGGCACGAUCAGCAAAGGUCCGCACUAACGUCGGCGAGUUUUCACGAGCGGUCAGGUUAUUGUGUCCGUUACCUUUUGAAGGCAACAGUUUGUAGCCAGUUUGUAAUUUAUUUAAAUUCCUUAUAAUUCGUAGUUAUUGUA